AAUCCUACUUAUUGGUGACUUUCCCAUGUUAUCUAUUCCAUUCCAUGUUAUAAUUUUAGUUGAAUUGAAGCAAGCUACCUACCUAUAUUAACAACUAAUAAUAAUAAUAAUAGUAAUAAUAAUGAUGAGGGUAAUAGGUAGAGAUAUAAAGGAAAUUUCAUGACUCUUUCAAGCAAAGUAGCAAAACCUCUCUCUUCAAAAUGAAAAAGGGAAAAAAUGAAAAAAACUCCAAUCUUGUAUGCCCCACAUUCCAUUCUAUAUUACCCCAACAGCCGUCCCUCUCGCCUCUCACUCUCCUUGGAAUUCGCAUUGCAUAGCACCUCACCUCUCAAUCUCUUCCGUAGAUUCCUCUUUCUCUUCCACUUUGCAACUACCAAAAGAAACAAACAGAAAAUAUCCAACCCAAGAAAGAAUCCUCAUUUUCAUUUUCACAACACUUCAAGAUUCAAGAACUCAAUACAUUAGUUUCUUUCUUUCUUUAAUUUCAAGAAAAUGAAGAACAACAAUAACAACACCAACGCAAAACUCAUUCUCCUUCACCCUUCAUCAAUCCAUAAAACUCCUUCCCAUCAUCGUUUUUGGUUACUCUUUAUAGUUACUUUCUUUACAUUAGCUUUCACUCUCGCUCUUUUCUCCUCCACCAUCCCCACCGUCACCACCACCACUUCCUCCUCCACUUCCACCACUUCUCUCCCACUCUCUGUCACUACAGCCUUACUCCACUAUGCUUCGACUUCCAACACCACCACUCCACACAUGUCAUCCGCUGAGCUCUCCACCAUCGCCUCCACUCUCCACCACUGCUCCCCUCCUUGCAAUUUCCUAGUUUUUGGCUUAACCCAUGAAACCCUUUUGUGGAAAUCACUUAAUUUCCAUGGCCGUACAAUCUUUCUUGAUGAAAGUGAGUAUUAUGUGUCGAAUUUUGAAAAGAUUCACCCAGAAAUCGAAGCUUAUGACAUACAGUACACGACCAAAGUAAGCGAAAUGAAUGAUCUUUUAUCAGUAGCACAAGCACAAGUCAAAGAUGAGUGCAAACCAGUACAGAAUUUACUCUUCUCAGAUUGCAAGCUAGGUAUAAACGACAUGCCAAAUCAUAUCUAUGAAGUUGCUUGGGAUGUGAUUCUAAUCGACGGUCCACGUGGGUAUUUCGCGGCGGCACCAGGAAGGAUGUCGCCAAUAUUUACAGCCUCUGUAAUGGCGAGGAGCAAGAGAGGUGGAGAUAAGACGACGCAUGUUUUUGUUCACGAGUAUGAUAGAGAAGUUGAGAGAACUUUUAGCGACGAGUUCUUAUGUGACGAAAAUUUAGUGGAGACUGUUGAUUCCUUGGGACAUUUCGUCGUUGAAAAGAUGGAAGGCAACAGCUUUGAGUUCUGUGAAAAUUCAAAAUCAAUAUCGUCGUCGCCAUUAUCAACAUCAAAGAUUGCAUCUUUAUCAUCAGGAGAUGAUGCUGAUGAUGAUUGAAGUAAUGGGUUGGUGAUUGCUUGUAUAAUUACAUUAUUUUCUUUUGCUUUUUUUUUUUAAUUUUAAAAGAUUAUUAUAUAUAUCAAAAUAGAGAAAUGUAAUUUAAUAGGUUCAAAAAAUGUCAAAAGGUGUCAUCCUCCAAGUCAAUGAUGAAACAUAAAUUUUUGCUUCCAAAA